AUGGAGGAGGAACUCCAGCAAUUGCGCACAAAUGCGUCUUCAGAUCUGAUGACGGAUGAGGUGAGCUUAGGAGAUUUGAGAACAAAAUCUGCUGUGAGCAACAAGCUUUUCAGGAUUUCAUCGCCACCAUUGAAUCGAUGGGAGUGGAGGCUCAGGAACGAGAGAUCAACGACUUGUUGAGUGAGUUGUCAAAGGACUCAGCAACCAGGGAUAUAGUUGGAAUGAGGUACCGUGAAAAGUGUAAAAGAAGGCAUCCUCAAUACUGUUCAUUCAAGACGAUAUGUCUCAACUUUUGAGUACUGGGGUGCCCUUCUAUUGCAGUUUUCACGGUAUCUUCAAACCCCAAAACCCCAAAACUACCGAACCGUUGAGCAGAAAGCAGAGAGACCCAAGAAAACACCUUCUGUUUACCAAUUGGAUUACCGUUUUGAACGGUCUCGCCCGCCCGUUCUCCCCUCCCCUCGCCCAUUCUUUUGCCCCCACAAAAAAGAUUUCUGUUACCCGGACUCUGCAAAGUACACACUGCUCGUUUCCCCUUUUCCCAGAACUUUCUCUCCCUCUUUUUCAAAAGUAAACCAUUCCAGAAGCGAUGCACGAGAACCGAAUCGUUUCCUGGGACGAAGCAGAGCGUAUCUUGAUGGAAACCGAUCAGACACCCGUGAGUUCAACUUUAAUUUAUAUAGUCAAUGCUCUUUUUCGCUCUUGUUCAGAUCAAAUGCAGUUUGCCAGAGCAGACGCGACCCACAGAGCCUGACAAUGAGGUGGACGUGGACCAAUGUAUCAGAAAACUGCUGGACAAUGAUCCGUCGCUCAAAGAGAUCAAUCUGAACAACAUGAAAGUGAGUGCCACGUCAUCUAGAGCCAAACAUUAUGUCCACCGUCUGCAGAGAACCCCAGUGCCAGCAAUCAAACGACUUCUGGAAGCACUCGCGUACAAUGAGCACUGCGAAAGAAUCUCAUUGGCCAACAUGGGAUUGUACGAUCAUGACAUCAAUGUGAGCUAUCGAGCAAAUGCAAUCGAAAAAGAACAUUACUUUCAGGUCCUUGUUCCAGUCAUCGAGAUGAAUCAGGCAAUCAAAAAAGUGAACUUGGAGACGAAUUACUUGAGUGGUUGGCCGAAAACAUUGGAAAGAAUAGAAGAGAAACAGGCAGAUUUCAGGAGAUUUCUUUGCAAAACUGUUCAAAGCGGCUUUGGUGAACGAGUCAGUCGAGGAGAUCAAAGCGGUGAAUCAGGGAGUUUCGUUCUCGACUCAAUCCGAAAAAGAGAUCAUCGACGCGAUUGUGAAGAACCACGGACUCACCAAGAUCUCCAUCAAUUUCCGAUUACCCGAGGGCCGACACAAAGUGGAGAAUGCCACGUUACGCAACGGAGAACUUAGUGAGUAGCUGACAAAUGGUCUAAAAGCACACCGCACGUUUCAGAGCGGAUAAAACGACGAGAAGCCGCUCAGAAAGCUCGCCUUGAAGCGGAAGAGCUGGCCAAGAAUCCAGUGGUAACCGUGAUGCUUACAGGCGGACAUUUGAACUGUGAACUUAAAUUUCAGCCGAAGCUGGCGCCGGAACCAAAAAAAGAGCCGGAGCCGAAGAAGAUUGCUCCGAAGGUUCGUUUGACUGUCUUCUGAUGAGCAUGGCGUGCCGAUGUAAAUACUGAAUAACACACUCUUUCGAUAAUAUAAUGAUUUCUCCCGGUUUGAUGUGAUUCCUUCGAUUAUACAAUACAUUGUCUCUUUUUGUCUUUGUCUGUUUUUUCAGGUUCCUGUCAGUUGUCUAUUGUCAACUCAAUGUUGAUUGCAGUCGUUCAUGUUCCAUUUCUAGUACUUUUCUAUUCAAUUUCUUCUUCUAGAUCCCUCCAGCAAUGCCAAAAUCGCUUGUUUCGCCCGAACCCAAACCUUCGCUCAACUCACUCCCCAAGACUCCUCCUGUCGUCGCCACGGCCCCUCCAAAGUCUACUAUCCUAAUGAAGCAGCUCUCGUUCCAAAGAGCAAGCAGAGAAUCGGAAGAGGACACGGAGCUGGUGGCCCCUCCGCCGGUCCCCGAGCCCCCGAAGAAGCUCGCGAUUCCGACGACUUUUAUGAAGAAGGAAGAGGUUCCGACGCUUCAGAAAGUUGCGAAAAGGCCGACAAAGCAAUGGGAGCCGAAGAAACAAGAGUCCGAGGAGAAAGAGGAAGUGAAGGAAGAGCCGACUCCGACAAAAGUGGAGAGGAAGCACUGGGAGCCGAAAGUUGCUCCGGCGGUCGAUCAGGGAUACGCUCCAAUGCUCGACGUUUCUGGAAAUGCGGUGCCCGUUGCGCCGAAGCCAAAGCUUGACGGAGCAGCGUUGAAAGUGCGGAGACCUCCGGUGACUGCGAAAAACAUUUGGGAGCAGAGGAUUGCGAAGAUCGAGAGGAAAGAGGAAAAGAAGAAGGAGAAGCCGUUGAUGUCGAUCCAGAAGAUUCGAGAGUUGGAGAAGAAGGAAGAGAUGAAGAAGGAAGAAGACGACCGACUCGAGCAGUUGCUCAAGAAGGAAAAAGAGCCAAAGAGGUUGAAUCUGGAGCACAAGAAGCUGUUCGAGGGCUCAGGAACAGAAGAGAAACCGGUCAGACAUCACGUUCAGAAACUUGUUGCCAAGAAGCCAAACUCCAUUCUGACGUCAUCAGAAGCCACCAAACUGGGAGGAGAAAGAAAGGAAGAGACACGACCAAGUACAGUAAUCCGACGGACUGUCAUGAGGAAGAAGGAGACGGAGCCGAAGGAGAACGAGCACGAUCAGCCGAAAAGGAGACUGGUUCGAAAGAAGAAGGUGGUCGAAGAGACGGCCGAAGAGCCGAAUGGGAACGGAAACGGACAUCCUCGUCACCUGGCAACUGCGCCUCCACAGGCGGUUCAUUGA